AUGAAGAGGAUACUCUGUGGCACCCCGUCUCCGUUAGGGAGACUGUUUCUGAGGAGUUGCGUUAAGCUCAAUGCGCAGGAGGCUCAAGCAAAGAUCAUGGAGCACAAACUUUCCAAUAAGGAGUUGAGAGAACAAGCUAUCGCCGAUGCAUUAGCCAGGGAGGAAGAAGCCAUAAAAAAGGCCAAAGAAAUCCGUGAGUUGACCGCGCAGUCGCAGGGGCUCAUUGGGACGUUGAACAAAACCCCUACUGAGCUAGUCAACGAGCGGAUUCGCCAGUUGAACCGCAGUCUAGCAAAGCUACCCGAGGAAAAGGUUAAGCAAUUAGAUGAAGAGUUGCGCGAUUUUAUAAUCAAAAACAUGCAAUUACCUCAAGAUAUCGUAGCGGACCGCCCUUGGGCUCAAGCUAAACUGUCUCAAAGAGUAUCGCGCACUGGAGAAGGAACCACCACCGCAACCACCACCAGGAGUCCAGAGUCGAAUGAGUUCAUUUCCCAGUAUCCGAACUUGAAACCCACGCCAGAUUACAAGAGCUACUCAGAGCAAGAGCUCUACAUUAGACAGCUCAAUUAUCUCAGAACUACUGGGUCUCUCGGAUCCAAAUUGAGCGACAUAUACAAGCCGCAAAGAGAUACAACCCACCCGGCCAAGAUCUCGGAAACAUCGCUAAAUACCUUGCUCGCUGCUGGCUGCCAUUUGGGCCACGCUACCGCGUCGUUUAGGGCUAGUUUCCAACCAUUCUUGUACGGAGUCUACAACGGUAUCCACAUUAUAGAUUUGAACCAAACGUUGAAGCAAUUGAAAGUCGCUUGCAAAGUGAUUGAAGGGGUCAGCGAGAAAGGCGGCAUCAUCUUGUUUGUUGGUACCCACAAAAACUGGUCUAUUCAGCAAUCCUUGGUGGCUGCCUCCGAGAGAUCCAGUGCUUACUACGUGUCAAAGAGGUGGAUCCCAGGUACAAUCACCAAUUACAUCGAGGUGACUAGUCAGAUCAAGGACCCGCAACUGAGACACAGAGCCGAUAUGACAAACAAGAUCGUCGAGUCGGGCAAGUACAUCCCUCAAUCGGUGAUCAAGCCCGACUUGGUUGUGGUUUUGAACCCAGUGGAGAACAGGAACUGUAUCAAAGAAUGCAUUGCAUCUUGCAUUCCAACGAUUGCGCUUUGCGACACGGACAUGGAGCCAAGCUUGGUGACGUACCCCGUGCCAUGCAACGACGACAAUGCGAGGUCCGUGAACUUGAUGCUUGGAAUAAUGUCGAGAGCCGCCGAGGCUGGCUUAAAGACAAGACUCAACGUCAUCAAGGAGUUGAAAGAAGCAGAGAGGCAAAGAAGAGCCAAUGAGCUUGCAAUCCAGGCAAAGAGAGAAGCAGAAGAAGAGAGAGAUGCAAAGAUCGCUUUUGCUGAUUUAGGCGUCGACACUGUGGCGGCAUAA